CAACUUCACAUCUACAUAUAAAAGGAGCAUGCCAGCUCUGUCCUAUAGUUUCAAUUCGACUAUCACACCUCAAUCAUCUCUGUUUCUCUGACUUAAUCGCAAUAUUGUACUACCCCACCUGCAUCCAUAGUUUACCUACAUUUUCAACAUACACAAACAAGCUGUACACCAUGAGCCUCGCAGACGCUAACCGUCAAUACUUUGACUCCAUCUCGGAUACUUACGAUGCCAAACCCUGGUUCGCAACAGUAAACAACCAAGUUGCCGAAGCCCUACGCGGCGAUCUGUCUUGGAUUGGUAUUCCGCCCGCCAAUGUUUCCGCAGAAGGACAAGCAAGCGCAGGUACCCAGCAAGUCCGAAUGCUGGAUUAUGCCUGUGGCACGGGAUUAAUGACGAGGAUCUUCGCCCCCUACAUUACCCACACAACCGCCAUUGACAUCUCCCCAAACAUGAUCUCAACUUACACCUCGCGCUUCGCCUCCGCCUUCCCCCAGCCCCUCACCAUCACCACCGCGGUCGGCAACCUCUUCGACAAAUCCGACCUCAACCCCUCCUCUCUGGACGCACCAGAGUUCCGUGACUUUGACCUCGCAACUGUAGGCUUCGGGCUCCACCACUUCGAAGACGUAGUAUAUGCUGCGAAGCAACUCAAGGAGCGGUUGAGGCCCGGGGGUGUCUUGGUUAUCAAUGAUUUUCUGGAGGGAGGAGAUGUGUUGGCGGAUGAAGAUGGAAAGCCGGUUGAGGGAAGCCCGGGGAAUCAUGCUGUGCAUCAUCAUGGUCAUGGUCAUGGUCAUAAGCACGAGCAUGGCCACAAGCACGACCACAACCAUGAAUCUAGCGACAAACACGACUCCAGCCUCCACAGCAAAAUGGCUGCUUCAGUGGUGGUACCGCACUUCACCAUAGAUGGUGUGCGGCAAUUCUUCUCGGAAGCGGGUUUCGUCGAUGUGGACGUCAAGACUAUGAACGAGAAGUCGUACAUGGAAUUCGGCGGCAAGAAAAUGUGGCGAACGAUUUUGUUUGCGCGGGGAAGAAGGCCAAUGGAUGGUAAUAACAAGGAAAAGAGUGAGUUGUAA